AUGCUCGGUCGCCAAGUAUCAUCGGCCGCACGAGCGGCUGGCCGCACGGCACACGCUCUGCCUCGCACUCGCAACUACGCCACCGUCACAGAGUCUCCCGUCAGUACACCAGGUCGCGCUCACAAAGUCGUGGUGGUCGGCGGUGGCUCAGCUGGUAUGGCCAUCAGCCACCAGCUCUUACAGUCCGGCAAAUUCUCUCAGGACGACAUUGCGAUUGUCGAUCCCGCCGAAUGGCACCACUAUCAACCGGGCUGGACGUUGGUUGGCGGUGGUCUCAAGACCAAGGAGGAAUUGCGACGACCCCUCAGGGACCUGGCCGAUUCGAAGCUGAAGCUUUAUGCCGAUAGCGUGGCCGCUUUCUCCCCCGAGAACAAUGCUGUCACUCUCGGCAAUGGCGACAGUCUGAAUUACGAGCAGUUGAUCGUCGCUCCAGGCCUCGCCGUGAACUGGGGUGCGAUCAAGGGUCUGCCCGAAGCGCUCGCGGAUUCCACUGCUCCCGUCUCAUCUAUUUACGGAUAUGACUCUGUCAGCAAGGUUUUUGGUACCAUCAAGAAGCUCGAGAAGGGUAAUGCGAUCUUCACUCAACCAGCUGGAGUGAUCAAAUGUGCGGGUGCUCCGCAGAAGAUCAUGUGGCUCGCUUUGGAUCACUGGAAGCGUGCCGGUCUCUAUGACCCGGCCGACCCGGCUGGCUCGUCGAUCAAGAUCAAUUUUGCCACCGGUCUGCCCGUCAUGUUUGGUGUGCCCAAGUACAACAAGGCCUUGACUGCGCUGCAGCAGGAGCGCGGUGUGAAUGGUCUCUUCCAGCACGACUUGAUCUCCAUCGACGGAAACAAGGCCACCUUCGCCCGUCCUGACGGUCAAGAACAGGUCACCAAGACCUUCGACCUGCUCCACGUGGCCCCCAAGAUGGGCGCGCCGGCGUUUGUCAAGAACAGCGUGCUCGCAAACGAGGCUGGAUUUGUCGAUGUCGACGAUGCCACCACCCGCCACAAGAAGUAUGGCAAUGUUUGGUCCGCUGGAGAUGCCUCUUCCUUGCCGACUUCCAAGACCGCGGCUGCAGUGACCUCGCAGGCGCCCGUGCUCGUUCGUAACUUGCUGCAGACGAUGGAGGGCAAGCAGGCGGAUGCGCUGUACGAUGGAUACACCUCCUGCCCACUCCUGACCGAGUACGGCAAAGUGCUGCUUGCCGAGUUCAAGUACGGCGGUGAGCCCAAGGAGACGUUUGGUGACUGGUUCGGUAUUGACCAGGCCAAGCCUCGUCGUUCGUUCUACCAUCUGAAGAAGGAUUUCUUCCCCUGGGUGUACUUCAACGCCAUGGUGAAGGGCAACUGGGCUGGACCUAAGGGGUGGAUCAACUAG